UGAGUCACAAAAUUGUCUAGAAUUGAAAUAACCAAAUAACGUUUCAACUAAAUACAGACAGCACAAGUUUUAGCCACCAAAAUGUCUAAAGGAAAUUCUGACCAUGUGUUUUCUUGGUGACACUCAGUGCACAAAUGAUAACUCGAUAACUCGAAACAUCACGAGAUCAAUGUCGAUUCUUUCAUUGCAGCCAAUACAAAGGUAGCGGAUGUCUUCACAAGAUUUUUUUAAGUACAGGACACUUCUAGAUCUAAGUUCUUUUGCACUGAACAGUUCCACUAUUUAUUGAAUAUUCGUUUGCUAGCACGCUUCAUCAAGGAUUGGAGUCGAUUAUUGCUUAUCGAAAGGAUCGUACUCACACACCAUUUUCCUUCUUUAUUUACAGGUAUUGAACAGUGUUGUUUUUAUUCUUUCUUAACUAGCACAUUAUCUCAUUUAGUUGAGAUGACUAUGAAGACUUUCAACAUGUUUACAACAGAAGUGGUAUCAGAAGUAAACUAAUCGGAGUAUUGUUCUCUCUAUUAUGAGGAUUGAAUGAGAAAGUUAUUUUAAAAAGUAAAACUUAGCUUUCGUUUUCAUGUUUUUAAUUGUUUUAAUUAACAAACAAACAAAAAGCUGAAUCGACUUUACAAAACUGUUGAAACAACUUAACAUGCUGCUCCUGCUCUGAUAUGUAUUGAAAGAAUAUUUCCACCAGUGUGAACUAGCGAAGCAGGUUAUGCCGACUUGUGGAUAAAUGAUCACGAUGACAUGUACUCUGUACAGUAUGAACUGGUUUCAAAGGUUCGUCUGUUGCUGGCUAUCUAUUUUGUUGCUCAACACUUUCUUCCAAACACUGACACUUGGGAGCUCGGACAAUGGACACCGAGUAGCCAAAAGUGAUUUUAAGUCUUUCAAAAAUUGUGAACAUAACUAUACAUUUCGAGGAGAGAUCCUAAACUCUACUGUCAGGAGUGUCAGAUCAGAAAUUGAAUGUGCCAGUCAGUGCCUUGGGAAUUCGUUGUGCGCGGCAUACAAUUUGAUUAAACUGAGUAACGCAAGGUUUUCAUUGAAAUCGUGUGAAAUUCUUUCAAAUUCUGCAACUAAUUGCAAAGACUUGCAGGAAACGCCUUUAUCCAAGUAUAAAUUCUUGUUUAGGACUAACUCCGGCAACGAUAACGGUAACAGUGGUAACAAUGGCAAUGAUAAUAGUGUAAAUAAUGGCAAUGAUAAUAAUGUAAAUAAUGGCAAUGAUAAUAAUGUAAAUAAUGGCAAUGAUAAUAGUGAGACAAGUGGAAACGGCAACAAUAAAAAAGAAAUCGAUGCGACUACACUAAUGUCUACACCUUUAACUACUGUUAAUACUUAUGUACCAUCAACCACGCUUUCAACAACUACCUCAACGCCCAAGACAACUACUUCACCAACAACAACCGCUACAACUAGCACAUCGUCAUCCUACACCACCACAGCAGGAAUAACCACAACAACAACACCGACUACAGCAUCAGUGUCUUCAUCAACUACUACUUUAUCAAAGAUAACGACAACAUCAUCAGUGACCACGUCAUCAUCCACAACAUUGACAUCAUCAACAGCUACUACUACACCAAAGACAACUACAACAUCAACAGUGACUACUCCAUCAACAACAACGUCAGCAGUGACCACGCCCUCAACCACAGCAUCAACAUCUUCCACAUCUACUACCACACCAAAGAUAACCACAACAUCAACAGUGACAACUCCAUCGACUACAACGUCAACAGUAACCACGACAUCACCCACAACAUCAACAUCUUCAUCAUCAACUAGGUCCUCUCUAACAACGUCAGAUACAGCAACGUGUUCAUCAAAGUGGUUUACAACAUCCUCUUCAUCAAAUCCGCUUGUAGAAUUAACAUCAGCCUCUCAGAAUGGAUCUGCCAUGAUCGUCCAGUACUACGACACCAGCAGCAAGCGAACCUGGAGUACAGUGGCCAGAGAGUAUACAGUGACGUCCACUCAGUUCUGUGUCCAGUUAACUGUGAACUUGUUGACCAACUCUUGGAGGACAUUGAACGACACAACACAAUGGAUAUUUAGACAAGUCUGUACAACUGGAGUUAUGGACGAGUACACGGUCAGUGGUGUCAGCCAGAAGAAAAACGUCGAUGUCACGUGGUCUUACAGAAGAAACACAGCAUCAGCAGCGGACUCCCUCAUCAACCUCAACAACGGUGACAUCGUACAGGGAAAUAGAGCCAAGUACCAACAGCUCGUCAGAAAUGGUUCCAGUCUGAGUGUCUUGCUGCACGACUCCAACAACGGCCUGGGGAAGAAGGAGGACACCUCGAUAUCUCAGAGUUUCAGUGUGUACCAGAACCCGCCACUUUUACUUCAAGAUGGAGACGAAACCUUUGGCGCCUUCAACGUUUUAUCUUUUGGCAAGAGAACGUCUUCAUCAAAACCUCACUUACAACUGAAUUCCUUUAACACUGAAGGCAAAGAUUACACCGAGGGUUACGACCUGGACACAUUUUCGUCUCUUUUUUUCACACAGACUAAUUAUAAACAAAGUUGGAUACUUGACCCAUGCUGGUCGUUAGUGCACUCAUCAACUACAUCUACAUCACGCAUCAGCACCUCUGCGAGUCUACUGAGCGCUGUGAGGGCUGGGAAGAGAAUCAAAGUCUCAGUGACUGAAGACGAUAAGCAGAGUGUGUACAGUGAAGCUGAUCAAAUCCUAAUCACAUCUAGCGGUGUGGUCGUGGCUCAAUUAAUCAGUCUGUAUACUAAGGAUUUCAAGUUGGAGAAAGACGGUGCAUGGUACUUGUACUUUAUUCACAGUAAUGGACAACAAUGUCGAUACGAGAUCCCCUUCUCUGAGUCCACUGUAAGAAGCACUGACUGUAGUCAGGUCAAUAUAAACUGGUAUGCUGAAACAAGAGUGCCCGAGGUCGUUUACAAAACAGACACUACUGGGAAGGUGCUACUGGGCAGUAAGGCUAACCUGAGGACCGUUGGCGACCUCCGAGUCAUGGUCCAGCUUCCCAACGAUAAUAAUCUGGAGCGCUACUUGACGCUGGAGACUACCGAGCUGGACUCGGAGCUCAACUUCUCCGCCCUGAGCAUGCGCAACCUGAGGUCAACGUACGAGUCCAGCAGUUACAUGAAACUGGACAGCUCCUGCCUGGGGGUGGCCUACCUGGUGACCACAGACUCUAAGGUGGCUACGCGCUACUGGCGGCCUGGAAGACUUACCUCGGAUACAGUCUCAGAGCAGUCGGCCAACGUCACGUGGUUUAUGACUAAAUAAGUCUGAAAAGAUCCUAAAUACUUUUAUAAAGAUUGAAAACAUUGACAAGACCAUAUGUGUUAUGUUAACCAGGCCAUAGUGUAUUUCGUGGUAAACAAAUUAUAGUAGGAUAUGUCAAUAUAGACACUGGACUAUGCUAUUGUAAACAAGUUACAGUCUUAGAGAGUAUCCUUUGAAUACUUAUUGUAGGAUCUGGCAUGGUAAACGUAUACAGUAUGGUAAAUAUUAAGUAGGGCAUGGUCAAUUUGAAAAAAAAAAUACAUUGUAUAGUGCAACUUUGAUGCUGUAAGCAUACUCAGAACCCUCUGGUCCAAUCUCUUCUGUGGAUCUGUGGGGGCAGGGGCGUGUCUGGGAGAAAAUUCCUUGCUGCGUUUAGGCCAUUCAUUUAACCUAACUCAGCAACUCAGCUCGAGUCCGGAUUUGAGUUUGAGCCCCUCUUGAUAGGUUUAUGCCAUUAAACCACACAUCCAAAUAUCUACUCUAUCUAGCUGGGUAUAGUGAACAUGUGGGUGGUCAAUAUCUAGUGGAGGAACAAUAGUCGCCCAUGUAAUUUUUUAAAACUUGCCUAUGAUCACUUUGGAUCAAUGAAAGUUUUUAAGGUAGAUCCUGCAUAAGAAUUCAAGUAGCGUGGGGCCCACGUGGUUGUAAAACAAUUUUAACCAACGUUCUAGUUAGUUAUAUCAUAUAGUAAGGCAUUAAAUGUGCACUGGUACAAUACUAUAAUGUAACCCAGAUUUGAAACAUAAUAGAUUUUAAAUUUAUAUGACUUCAUUCAGGUUACGAAUCAUUUAAAACCUUUAGACGUACCACUGUUUCAUUUAAAUCAUUCUAAUCUGUAGUUUAAUUUAAUUAAGUCCUAGUCAUAUAUAUUAAUCUAUAACUGAUUUGUUUGGGAACAAAGGGAGAGAACAAAAGCUAGACAGACCAUGUCUACGGCUUAUCCUUCUUCCUGGAGAGAUAACGCCCAGAUAACAUUGACUGAUGUUGAUUGCUUCUUCGUGAUUCGGAUCAGAAUCUUCUGUGACUAAAGAUGUUGAAAACUUUCCAACUUUAGUUCAUGCAUACGAAUAAAUCUGCCUUUGGACUAUUAGAUAAGACAGAUCUUUUCUUCCUUCUGUCUAAGCGAGACCAUUCCAUAUAGAAGGCCUCAGCACUGCCCACAGGUUGUGACGUUGCAGGUCAGUGUUUAGGCCUUCUAUAAGGAUUGGUCUCGGUCUAAGGCCGCCUAAUUCUUUUUGCGAGGAAUGAGCCAACAAUCUGUCUCCAUGCUGAUUGUCCCCAUUAGGAAGACAGAUCAACAGUUGAUUUCGUGUUCUACAUAUCGUCUGCUAUCUAUCGGAACAUUAUGUCUUCUAGGAUUUGUCUGAUUAUGUUUGCUUUAAACAUUCAUAUUUCAUCUCAAAUGAACCAGUUAGAAACAAUUCGUGUAGUGUGUUAUUAUGAAAAGUAAGAGGCCAAAGAUUUUGUUCUAGAUCUAGUUCUAGAUCUAGCUCUAGAUCUAGAUUGUAGGCCUAUGACAAAUGGAAACGGAGAUAUCAAUUUUUAUUUGCGAGGGGAAAAGUCUUAAUUUGUAUGACAAUCAUUUCUAGCUCACUACCAUUGUGACGUAGGUUCGUGUUGCCAAUUUAUCUAAUUUUGUAAGAAGAAUAAAUCUUUUUUUUUAUUUUAUUACAUGUAACAUUUUAUUAAUAUUGAAUGUAUGGAUAAGGUUAAUAAAUAUUUUUUUUAAAUAUAAGUAUACGCUAAAUGAAUGUAUAGAAGCACGGUGACUGAGUAGUAAAGCACUUGGCUUCCGAACCUGGGUCCCGGGUUCGAAUCCUGGUGAAGACUGACUGGGAUUUUUACAUUCGGAAUUUUCAGGGCGCACGCAGCUCUAAUCGGUACCUGACAUUAGUUGGCGAAAAGUAAAGAUGGUUGGUCGUUGUGCUGGCCACAUGACACCCUCGUUAAACGUGGGCCAUAGAAACAGAUGACCUUUACAUUAUCUGCCCCAUAGAUCAGUAGGUCUGAAAGGGUAACUUUACUUAAUGAAUAUAUAAAAAAACAACAACUUGUAAUUGAAAAAGGACUUAUGUUUGAUAAAUAUACAUUUUGAAAGAUUUAAACUUAAAAAGAGAAAAAUUAAUUUUAGUUUAUUAUUAUUUUAGUGCCCAAUGAUUUUUAAAAUUGUAUUACUUUCAACGAUCAAAACAUGAUUAUGGCUUGAAUAUUUCUGGUCCACAGUUGAAUUCGAUGGGGACCGCCUCUGAGUUUGAAUGAUAACACAAACUCUCUUUAUAAUCAUUUUUUAUAUUCAUUUCUUGUAAUGCUUCUUAAUUGCAAGGAGUCUCUCCUGUGAGCUUCGUACAAUCAUUAACCUUGAAUCUAGAUCUAGCCUAGUAAUUUGCGUUUGUAUAUUUCAAUACUUUCCUGGGGCUUACACCUGCUGUUCCUUAAGUCUACACAAGACGGUGGGCAAAAGGUUUAAAGCCAUCUAUAAACGCUUAAUAAACGCUUAACUUAAAUUCCCUCUGAAGGCGUUUAAAUGAAAAUCUUUUAUUUUCUUUGACACCAUUUUGAAAAAAAUUCAUUGAUAAAAAAAACAUAGGCGAAUUUUAAUUUUUGGAUGAUUAAUUAAUUUGUUUUAAAGUAAAACUAGCCAAACCCGCUAUAACUGAUUGGCCAAUCAGCUAGUUUUUUUCCAUAAAGAUAUUCAUAAACUGUCAAACUUCUAGGAAAAAUCUUUAGAGCGGUUUUCAAAAUAACCCUUUAGUUUCUCCUACCUCCCCCUCGCCCCCCUCAAUCUUUUCCAAGUUUUUCCUUGCAUUCAUGAAGACGUUGCAAGCUAUAAGUAGGAACUGAAAAACAAACACAUUUAUAACAAACGCAACAAAAUUUGUCACGCAGAUUUUCUGCCCUAUGAUUUCUCAGAGAAGUUUAGGAGCAUGUUAGUUUGUUAGUUUCUCUAUGAGAUAUACUGGAACAACUAAACUGCUUAUUUAAUUAGCUCUCUACACAAUUAUAAUCCACUGCUUACUUCAACAUUACAAAAUGGCGAAACCUUUUGAAACUUAUUUUGAAGUCUAAUUAAACGAAAAUAUUUAUUAAGUUAAAGUGUGAAAUCGACAUAAAAUAAAGUAAAUCAUAAAUUUAAAAAAUGGUAUCAUACAAUGUCAACAAAAGAAGUUAAUAUAAAUUGUACUUUAAAGUCAAUAUGUGGCAUUUUACGUCUCGAGAGACGAUCUUUUCCCUUUGCAACUUGCAACACAAGUCAAUAUGAGUACAAGAAAAUCAAAAUAUGUCAUCGCUAGCAUCUAACAUUUCGUUCAUUUCAGUAAUAAACUCUAUAAUAAAUCCCGCCCCCAAACCCAGUACUAUUUUUACAAAGCUUAUGUCAACUUACUGCGUCCGUCUGUCUGGUACACAGUUUGUACAUGUUUUGUUUUCUCCCACUUCCCAUUCUCAAAUCAAGUUGAAACUUUUCACAAUUAUUCAUUGUCCCUAAAAAUAAAUAAACCCAAAAAAAAUUAAUCAAUUUAUUCAUUAGUGGUAAUAAAUUAAUUUUGUUUGCUAUAGAACAAGGGAAAAAACUUACAGUAUUGAAAAAUAUGGCUGUUAAUAUGCACCUCUUUCCCUGACAUAAGCUUUGUUUGUUUUUUUUAAAGAUUUUUUUGACAAAUUUUGCAUGUCAAACAAUUUGAAAACCAUUUCAGACUUGUUUCCAAUACAUGCAUUGUUCUUGUUUACUGCUGACCUGGUUUAAAGAUCUCAUUUUGGUUUGUUUAUUUCAUCCAUGUUGUAGAUUAUUUUGAAUCUGCACACAAAAAUGAUGUGUUUAUACUUAUAAUGUGCUAUUAGUUUGUUGAUCCCCGGUGAGCUUACUUGAACAUUAUCAAAUGUUCUUGAUUUCUCUGAAAUGACAAAAUAAAUAUUAUAAAUUUUUAUGUUGAUCAUUUAUUGUUAUCAACAUGAUUAUGUGACCAUAGUGAAUGUUACUUUUAGUUUUA